GCGUCUGUCUACUAUUGCGCAAAUACACAACACCACUAUGCCCUACGCAAAUAUCUCUAGGCACCUCCGCAUUGGAGUCGACGUCGGCGGUACCAACACAGACGGUGUCAUUCUGGAUCCCCUCCAGGCAUCGUCUCCGGGCAAAGGCAUCCUAGCAUGGCAUAAAGCUCCCACGACGACAAAUCCUAGCAUUGGAAUCAACGAUGCCAUUACUGCCAUGUUCAAAUCCGCUGCCAUCAGCCCAUCCGAGGUUGAGAGCGUAACCAUUGGCACGACUCACUUCGUCAAUGCUGUUGUUGAACGAGAUGCUUCACGCCUGUCUACUGUGGCGGUUAUCCGGCUCUGUGGGCCUUAUUCAAAGCAUGCUCCCCCUUGCGUGGAUUGGCCGGAUGACAUGAGACAGAUGAUUCUGGGCCAUUACGCAUUGCUCAAGGGUGGCCUGGAGGUGGACGGAAACCUCAUCUCGGACAUUGAUGAGCACGAGAUUAAAGAACAGUGUGCCAUUAUUCGCGAAAAAGGUAUCAAGAACGUUGUGGUCAAUGGAGUUUUUAGCCCCAUCGACACCAUAGAAAGGCAGGAAGAGCGAGCUGCAGCUAUUAUCAACGCAGAACUACCCGAGUGCGAUGUUGUUUGUUCCAAAGACAUCGCCAACCUAGGAUUCUUGGAGCGCGAAAACGCAGCCAUUCUCAACGCAUCCAUUCUUUCUUUCGCUAGGAAAACUAUCAGAUCCUUUCAAGAGCCAAUCAAACGCCUUGGCUUACAUUGUCCCGUUUUCAUCACCCAAAAUGACGGCACCGUCUUGUCGGGGGACAUGGCAGCGAAGUUGCCCAUCAGGACCUUUUCAAGUGGUCCAACGAACAGCAUGAGGGGCGCGGCCUUCCUUGCCCAGGGCCAGAUAUCUGAAGCGGUCAUGGUCGUUGACAUUGGGGGCACAACGACGGAUGUUGGGCUGCUGCAUGCGAAUGGUUUUCCCCGGCAGCAGGCUGCUUACAGCGAUCUUGCAGGCAUCAGAGUCAACUUUUCCUGUCCAGACAUCAAGAGCAUCGGCCUUGGGGGAGGAUCUAUUGUCAGAAUCGACAACGGUCUGACUGUUGGACCGGAUAGUGUUGGGCACAAACUUCAGCAAGAGUCUAUUAUUUUCGGUGGCAGUACUAUCACAGCUACUGACUGGAACGCAGAUCUAGCAAAGACUGUACUUACUGAUGAACAGCUGAACCUUUUCAGAGUCGCUCUCAAGAACAAGAUUGAAAAGGCUAUUGACAAGAUGAAAACUUCUCCAGAAGAUAUCCCAGUGCUACUUGUUGGCGGUGGAGCUAUCCUAUCUCCUGACGAGCUCAAGGGCGCGAGUCGUGUGAUAAAGCCAGAGUGGUCGCAAGUUGCAAACGCCAUUGGAGCUGCUAUGGCCAGAGUCAGUGCAGUUGUGGACACUGUCAAAUCCACCGAGUCUAAGACUACAGUUCAGCUGCUGGAAGAAAUUAGCAAAGAGGCGAUUGCAAAGACGAUAUCUGCCGGGGCAUCUCCUGCAUCCGUGGAGAUUGUCGAAAAGGAAACGCUGCCACUUCAAUAUAUCGCUCACAAAACGAGAUUCAUAGUUCGGGCAGCCGGUGAUUUUGAUCUGGGAAGAGUCCAAAAUCAGGCAGCACCAGAAGCGGAUGGCGAAGGAAAUGGCAAUGACAUGAGCCAAUACGAAAAACUUCCAAAGCCACCAGCAACCACGCUCAAAGAGCAAAUUGACAAAGAUAUUGACAUCUCUGUAUAUAGACCGACGGUCAAGAACCGUGUUUGGUAUGUAUCGGAAACGGAUGCUGAUUGGAUUGCCACCGGCUGCUACAUCCUUGGUACCGGCGGUGGAGGAUCUCCUUAUUCCCAUCUAGUGCGUCUAAAGCAAGAGCUCCGUAAAGGUGCAAUCGUGAGGGUUGUAAAUCCUCACGACCUUGCCGACGAUGACCAGAUUGGCUGUGGAGGAGGCGUGGGCAGCCCUACAGUCGGCAUCGAGAAGCUGCCCGCCGAUGAACUACUGGAAGCUCAACACGAAUUGUUCAAAGCCUGUCCUAACCCAGCUACUCACAUGAUCUCCAUCGAAAUUGGAGGCGGAAAUGGCCUACAGGCGAUGAUCUUAGGCGCCAGCACGAAUAUGAACCUACCAGCCGUGGAUGGUGAUUGGAUGGGGCGGGCUUAUCCUACAAAAUGGCAGACGACCCCUGUUGUUUUUAACGAACGGUCUCCUAUCUGGUCCCCCAUCGCCAUGUCUGACGGCAAUGGUAAUGUUGUUGUUAUGCCAAAGGCAACUUCUGACCUUGCUGUUGAGCGCAUUCUGCGGGCGGCUCUUACACAGAUGGGAUCACAUGCGGGCUGUGCUGAUUCGCCGGUGACAGGAGCAGAGACGAAGCGAUGGGUGGUGGAGCACACUAUUUCUCAGGCGUGGAGAAUCGGACGAGGCGUUGCUCGUGCCCGGAAGGAGAACAGAGUUGACAAUGUAGCCGAAUCCAUCAUUGAAGAAUGCGGUGGAAAAGCAGCCGGUAAAGUGCUCUGGAAGGGCAAGAUUGUGGGUGUUGAGAGGACCCUGAGGGGAGGAUACGUCUAUGGCGAAUGCUUCAUCGAAGGAGUUGAUGUAAGGCAGGACAGCGAUGGCUUACAGCAAGACGAUGUCAACUCUUCGUCAUUCCGAGGCACCAUCAAGAUUCCUUUCAAGAACGAAAACAUUGCAGCUCUUAAGGUCCGAGACGAUGGGAAAGAGGAGCAACAGGAGGACGUCCUAGCCAUUGUCCCGGACCUGAUCACAGUGAUUGAUGCACAGAAUGGCGAAGCUAUCGGCACUCCAGAGUAUAGAUACGGGCUGCUGGUAGUUGUGCUGGGGCUGGCCGCGAGUGAUAAAUGGACAGGAAACCAAAGGGGAAUUGAACUCGGCGGCCCAGUAGGUUUCGGGAUCGACCACCUAAAAUUUACUCCGCUGGGAGCGUUUGUCAAGCCGAGGAGCGUUAUUGAUGAGUUUGAUGGAGUUGUUGGAUAGGUAGGAUAUGGAAGAUGGCAUCAAAUAUUACAGAUGAUAAAUUGGUAGAGGUAUGAUGGCUGGAAUUAAAGUUAUAGAGCCAUCCCCGCACUAG